AUGUCACGAGCAGAUCUCCUCGUGCCCCGCGCAUCUAGCAUGCAAGGCAAGCGUCGGCGCUUGGAGCCCGACGUUCCCGAAAAGUCGAGGAGAACACGCAGUGUUGGCGGCGACUCCCGUGAUGCACUCAGCUCGUCGGAUCGCCGUGAAGCGCGCGAGAGGGAAGCUUUCCAGCGACAGCUCAUCGGCGUCUUCGUACCCCGUGCCCUCAACGAGUCGCUUGAGGGCAACACCCACAACUAUUCCGACCUCCUCUCCCACUUUCUCCCACUUCCAGGCGCCGCGGCGCCCCAGCUCCCUCCACUGCUCCCCCUCCUCCGCGCACUCACUGCGCACGUCUCUCUCCUCGACAGUGGUGUACAUCACGCGCUCGUCGCCGCCAUCCUCGACCUCCCCUGGGCGACCGCAGACGACCGCUUCGUCAAAUGCUACAUCGGCUUCUGUGGCGUGCUUGUCUCGGCACAUCCAGGAUGGGCGCGUGAUAUUGUCGCCAUGGCCAUUCGAGGUCUCACAUGGCAACCACCACAACCCUCGGCCGCCAGCACGCCCAUUACCCGACGCACAUUUCACGCCCGGCAUCACCUCCUCAUCUCACAUCUUCUUGCCCUCAUCCCCACCCUUCCCAAUGUGCUGCAGCCCAUUUUGAAUCGCUCGGCACCCAACAAGCGCGAGCCCGAGGUUGUGCAGACCACAUGGGUUCGCAACUGCUGCGAGCUUAUUGCUUACUGCCCUGAGCUUGGGGCAAGAGUAUGGAGCUCGCUCGUCGACCGCAUGCUUCGCAUCGACGUCGAGAUCACCAACCGUGCCGACGAGGAUGAUGACGAUGACGACGAUGAGGAGAGCGACGUGCGCCACCGUGGCGAUCCGUUCGACCUCACAGUCGAGCAGGGCAUCGGCGGCGACGACGAAGACAGCGAUGAUGAGAGCGACGACGGAGAAGAUCUGAAUCCCGAUGAUCUCAGCUCGGAGGAUGAGCGUGAGAGCGACACUGAAGAACCCGACUCGGCCGAGACGCGCAAGAAGCGCCGCGAAGUCCUGCGCUCGAUGCGCCAGAAGCUCGAUGGCAUGCUCAUGUACUUCCUCGCACAUCUGGACGAGAGCAUGCGCGGCACGACGCACGUCAGCGCUGCCGAGCUUGCCGCGCGUGACAUGUCCGCCGUGUCUUCCGAAACCCCCAGCGCCUCCGCCACCCCACGGCCCGGCACGCCAUCCACCCCCUCCAGCAUCACUGGCAUCCAGCGCUCACCGCCCACCCCAGCACAGAGUCUCGCCCAUUUCCAGACCCUGCUCAACCUCUUCUCCCGUCAGAUUCUGCCGACGAGCUCGACCCAGCACCUUCCCUUCACGCUGUUCCUCUGCUCGAGCUUCAGCCCCGCACACGCCGACCUAUUCCUGCAUCGUCUAGUCUCGCUGGCGCUCUACGCAAGCGAUACGCCGACACCCACGCCCACUCAACCCGUCCCGCUCGCCCACCGCACCGCGGCAGCUGUGUACAUUGGCUCGCUCGUCACGCGUGCGCGCUUCGUGAGCGAUGAGCAGGCCCGCACCGUGCUGCAGUACCUCCUCGCUUACGUGGACGGCAAGCUGGCACAGGUACAGUCCAAGACGCGGCGCGUCGCGCCCGACGAGCUGCCUCUGUUCUACGCCGUCUGCCAGGCGGCCAUGGUCAUCUUCUGCUUCCGGUGGCGCGCGCUCACCGCCGACGAUGAGGUCGCCGGGGAGCUGGAGAUGGACUUUGGCGAGCGCGAGUGGAUGCGCGACCUCGACGUCCUUCAGCGCGCGCUUACGUCCGAGCUCAACCCGCUGCUUGGAUGCAACCCCAGCGUCGUGAGCAUGUUCGCCAAGGUUGCGCACUCGACGGGCUUCGCAUACUGCUUCAGCAUCAUCGAGGCGAACACGCACGCACACACCAAGCGCAGCGCGCCCGCCAUCGCCGCACCCCGCGCCGCCCGCCAGGCCAACAUCGACGCCGGCCUCGACUCGUACUUCCCCUUCGACCCAUAUGACCUGCCGCGCUCUGGCGAGUUCGUGGAGUCGCUCUAUCGCACGUGGGACGAGGUGGCUGUUGACCUCGGCGGCGACUCGGACGACUCGGAUGAAGAGGCAGAUGACAGCGACGAGAGCAUGAGCAUGGGCGAGGACGAGCUGGGGCCUGGCCGGAUACCCCACUCCAUCAGUGCGGGUAAGCGGCCCCUCCCCAUCGCCAAGAGUGGCGGCAGCAGCUUUGGCGAGCACCGCCGGCGCAACCUCCUCAGCGACGCUGGGCUCGGCACAUCCCUCGAGAACAUGAACAUCUCGCCAGUGCCUUCCGGCGUACUCGGCGGAGCGUAA